AUGACUAUUACUAAAAUACCCAUAUGGUUAGACUGUGAUCCUGGUCACGACGAUGCUAUGGCCAUUCUGCUGGGUUGUUUUCACCCAGCUUUUGAGCUUCUAGGUAUUAGCACAUGUUUUGGUAAUGCACCACCUGAAAAUACAGAUUAUAAUGCUCGCUCUCUUUUAACUGCCAUGGGCAAAGCCCAUGCCAUCCCAGUUUACAAAGGCGCACAGAGGCCUUGGAGAAGAGAGCCUCAUUAUGCUCCUGACAUUCACGGUAUAUCAGGUUUAGACGGCACCUCGUUAUUGCCUAAACCAACUUUUGAAGCCAGAACUGAUAAAACAUAUAUUGAAGCCAUCGAAGAAGCAGUAUUGGCCAACGAUGGAGAAAUAUCAUUUGUUUCUACCGGUGCGCUAACUUCAUUAGCUACGGUUCUAAGAGACAAACCCCACUUAAAAAAGUCUAUCAAAUACAUCAGUAUUAUGGGUGGUGGACUUUAUGGUCUAGGGAAUUGUAAUCCAAAUCUUUCUGCUGAAUUUAACGUGUGGAUUGAUCCCGACGCAGCUAAUGCCAUAUUCCAUGACCCCGAAGUAAAGAACAAAUGUAUAGUGGUACCUCUAAAUUUAACCCACAAAGCCAUCGCUACCCAUGAGGUCAAUGAAGAAAUCUUCAACGAAGGGGACAACUCCAAUUUGCGAAGAUUGUUUUUCGAACUCUUUCAAUUUUUCGCUCACACUUACAAGGACACGCAAGGUUUUGAAUUAGGCCCACCUGUCCAUGAUCCAGUGGCCUUGAUGCCACUCUUGGAAUUUUAUAAGUGGGAUCCAUCAUCUUUAAUCAGAUUUGAUUACAAGAGAAUGGAUAUAUCUUGUAUUGACGAUAUACUCAAUGAAGACUCGGGAAAAAUCAUUAUCGAAAAAGAGUAUCCAAGCGAUGGUAAUUUCGGUACAAUCAUCGGUCUAGAUUUGAACAUUCAAUACUUUUGGGACCAGAUUUUCACGGCAUUAAAUAAAGCAGACAAAAUGUCAACAAUUGAAUAA